AUGAGCGUGCGCAAGGCGCACAAUUCGGGUCGAAACCACAUUCGGAACGUCUACGACUAUUACAUGGGUGUCAUCGAGGAAAUGUCCCAGGAACAGAUCAAUGAAAUCACUGCGGCUAGCUCGGCAAAUGGCGAAAUAGCCAUGCCAAAUUCAGCCUCCGGCGCCCCCGGCGCCCCCGGCGGAGCUCCUCUACCUCCGAGCUUCCCUGUCAAUGCCCCCGGCGGUCCCCCUCGCGGUGCCUUCCCUCCCCCGCCCAAUAUGGUUGCGGGUACCAACCUGCCUCCUCCCCCCGGAGGCUUCGGUGCUCCGAACUUUCGCAUGCCUCCCCCUAAUGUGGCAGGCGCCUUCCCUCCCGCCAAUAAUGCCAUGUCACCGGCUCCUCGUCAUUCUGAUGGGUACACCCCACCUGGCGGCACUCCAAGCUCGGUCAACCAUUCUGCUCCGCGUCGUUAUGAGGGAGGUGAUGCUCCUCCUCCUCGUCGUCGUUAUGAGGGAGGUGACGCUCCCCCUCCGCGUCGUGACCGCCAUGAGCCUCCUCCGGGCAUGGGACGCAGAUGGUGA